UAACAGUAUUUUUGUGAAAAUACAUAAGCAUGUUAAUUUUAUGUAUGUAUACAUAUUAUUAUUGUUGUUAUAAUACCUCAUUGUCUUUGCAGUUGUACAUGAACUUGAGCAAACCACGUGGCUUGGUUUUCCUCGCAAAUUACAAGGACUUCCGGGAUGAGGCGCAUCCCUGCCGCAGAGGAUCAGAAAUUGACGUGAAAAAUCUUUCGCUUCUCUUCACCCAAAUGGGAUACAAGAUACCGAAACAGCAUAUCAAUAUGACAAAAUAUGAGACCAUCAAAGCUAUACGUGAAUUUAGGUCUAAUGAAGAAUUAAAUGCCGUCGACUCCUGCAUCGUAAUCAUAAUGAGCCACGGCAGAGACGAGAAGUCCUUUUUCACUUCGGACAACCAAUUUUUAAGUGUUAACGAAGUGGUAGAAAGAUUUAGUAACAAAGAGUGUCCUGCUUUGAAGGGCAAACCCAAGAUCUUUAUUUUCCAGUAUUGUAGGGGUGCAGCGCCAGAUGUAGGAGUGGCGGCAGGUCCACAGCUGGUGUCAAAUGUACGACGGCAAACCGUAGAAACAGAUGCAUCCUUUGUUAGUGAAGCUAUUGUUGAAAAGGACCCGACUUACACUGAUAUGUAUAUUGCAUUUUCUACAGUUGAAGGAUUUGUGUCCUUCCGUCACCCAGAGCGAGGGUCUUGGCUGAUGGAAGCAAUAUGUCAGGUCUUUAUGAAACAUGCUCAUAACCUGGAAUUGGAGUCGCUAAUGAAGAUGGUGUCAAGGCGAGUUCGUCAGAAUUAUUCAGAUGACGGGAGCAAGCAGGUGUGUGAAUUCGUCCAGAGAGCCUUCGACCGACACUUCUACUUCAACCCACAGCGACCAGAUAAUUUAGGUGCAUUGUGCAUGCAGCCGUUGUCCGAUGUCCUCCAGGAGUCCAUGGGAAACACCCCAUUAAAGUCUUGUUCAACAGGCAUGAAGCCGACAAAUAUUUACAGGGGAGGCACACCCGAACGACUCUUUAUACACCCACACGAACGCAACAGGAUCAGACACCGGAACUGGAGCGGUGCAAGCAAUAGCUCUGACAGGAGUCUUGACGAAUUGGAAGCCUUCCCGUAUGGCUCAGAGAGCAUGGCUGUGCAUCCAAGAGUCCGUCGGCUCAGCGGAAACAGGCGUAGCAGUUUGCCCCCUGAUCCGAGUGCCUAUAAUCAGCAAACCCAUUUUAUGUACAACGAAGCCUUUAACCGUUCCUUCAGCGAACAGGUGCAGGGAUCGAGGGGAACGACACCUGAUCCAUCGGACUCGCAAGAAAAUGUAUUUACUGGGGAUCAAGAGAUCAUAUCAGUACCUGUGUGUCCUCAAUUUAUCCCUGGAACACAUACCUUUGAUACGGUCGACCACCCAAGAGAAAACCCAGAUUCAAAGAGCAAUGAAAAUGGUGAUGCUGAUGUUGCAAUGAACCAGGAGGAUGAAGUUGGCUCGCAAUUACAUACAAGCAAAUCGUGUGAUGCCGUGGUAGAGAAGUGCCAGACGGGCCACAUAGAACUGGCUGGAGAAGACGCCGAGGGUUUCGAAUGCGAGUCUCGCCAUUCUAUUAAGAGACAGCUUUCUUUCCCCUCCACGAAGGAGACGCUGUCCAAGAUCAACGACGUAAAGAAGUUCCUGCAGGUGUAUGAUUCAGACCCCAGCUUGAUACAGCCCCUGCAAAGGAUUGAGAGCUUUGUGAACAAGAAGAAGUAUGAAGGGAAAAGGAGGAAGACGGGACAAGAGUCUAAUAGUCUCGAAUACUAGUACUAGCUGAAGGCCUUCCUAUACGUUUUUGUCUUUCUCGUGAUUACACAUAUUUGAAUGAGAGAUGGAUCAGUUUAUAAGUAACUACUUUUGUGAAGGAUCUUGGAUUAAUUUCGGGUGUAGACACAAGAAAUUGGAUGUGAUAUAUACACAAGAAAUGUGUGAUAUUCGAAAGUGAGACGAGAGGUUAACGGUCUCGAAUACAGAUGUCUUUCUCACGGCUGUGUAUUUUUAUUAUUAUUAUUUAUUAUUUUUUUUUUUUUUUUUUUUUUUUCAUUUUUCAUUUUUUAAUGUAUAAGACCUGAAUGGGAGAGAUAACAAUUUAUGAAUGACUGCUUUUGCAAGACAUCUAGAAAUAUGAAUUAAUGUAGGACUUAAGCACACAAGAAAAAUGUGAUAUGUGAUAUGCUCAAUUCAGCUCACUUGAAUUUUAUCAUUAAUUAAUUUCUCAAUCAUUGAAACCCUAUAAUUGAAGGGAAAAAAAGGCCUCCGUUUGUUUUACCUUAGUGGCUGUUAUGAGUGAGUGAGGCUUUCCUUAGCUAGGAUUUUUAUCUAAAAAACUAUGGAGCCAAGUAUGUAGUUAUUAGAUGGAUAUCAGUUUGUUUAAUCAUUCAUUCAUAGGUGUAACAUGAUGCUAUUUGAUUAGUGUGAAGUAAAUGCAGUCUUCAUAGUCACACAUUAAGUUAAAAAAAAACAAAUUUCCUUUUGCUGUAGUUUCUGAUUUAAAUUUUGUUAAAAUCGACCUGACAAGUACAAGCUGCAAAUCAUAAUAUUAGCAAAACAUUAAUGAAGUACUGAUACUGUUGUUACUCUACACUUCUCUUGUUAGUAUGGAUUUGUAACAUACACAAUUUUUUUUUUUUUUUAAUUUUUGGUACUGUACCGUGCAUUUUAUACUGUUAAGAUAUAGUGUGAUAAAAUAGAUCUUAAUGUUGUAUGCUGAAAGAUAUAGGUUUUUAUCUGAAGAAUUAGUAGGCAAGCAUUUCUUUUAGAGAUCUGUUACGAUUUUUUUAACUGAAAGGUUUAUUAAACAAUAAGUGGUGACACAUUAAUAGGUAAUAACUAAAAAGAAAAAAAAAAUAUAGAUUUAAGGAAAAUGAAAAAUAAGUUUUACUGUAAGGAAAAAUUGUUUAAUGUUUCCUUAACAUUUAAUUAUAUAUUAUAUACAUAGAAAAUAUAAAAUUAUGUAUUUGGAAUUAGUUAUGAAAGAAUCUGUGAUUUUUAAAAGUGCAAUAGAUUCACGAGAACAGGGAUAUGGGAAUUUUGCAAUUAGCCAGUAACUGAUUAGAAAAAUUAGGUAACCAAUCGGUAGUAUUAAUAUUAGAGUAAAACAUUUAUUUAAAACACCUUGAAGAACACAAGCAAUAUUAUACAGAGACGUAUACUUACAUUUAUAUCAAUCAAGGAUAUAAUGCCAUGUCAUAAAAUAAGCUUGUGAUAUAUAUAUAUAUAUAUUACCAAUACCAAUAGGAGACAAUCAGCUCACAAAUUAGCUGUGGGUUUCAUCAUCAUCAUAAAGGGGAUACACUGUGUUCAGUUAUCAGUGCAAUAGGCUGGUGUUCCUUCAGCCUCCACAGUGUGAAUAGUAGAAGCUCUUUUUAUUAUUAUUAUUAUUAAUUAAUGUAGAUAUUGCUAGUUUGUGCAAUUUUAUUUUUCUUUAUACAUCAUAAAGAUUAUUUUGGUGCUGAAUUUUACACGGCCAUGCAAUAAGUAUAAAAUGAAAUGUUCUGUUGACCAGCUACAGGGGAGCAAUCUAGUACAUGUGUGCUAUGGUCUGUAUCACAUUUGCAUUUAUUUCAUAUAAUUUUUUUUAUGAUUUUGAAUUCUGUUAAAGAAUUAUAGCCUUUCUUAUACAUUUAUCCUUAUCCUGAACCUCUGAAAAUUAACCAAUGUUUUACAUUUUGAUAUUACUCUAUGACAAAUAGAAUAAGGUCUCUUUCUUUGGUCAUCGUUCAUAUAUAUUGGUCUGAUAUUAUGAAUUAAGUUUUAUAUAUAUAUCUCUUUACCAUUAUGCUAUUGUAAUUUAUUUUACAUACUUUUCUUGGUAUUACUGGUAUCUCAUUUAUUUACAAUUUUUUUCUGUCUCUCUCUUUUCAUAUAUCAAUCUCAGUAUAACAGUUUCAUUUACAAAGCCCAUGAGAUCUGGUCGGGGAUCCGUCUUGUAUUAUCGCUGUUGUUUUGACAUCAAUGGUUGGCAGGUUAUACUCUAGAUCUCAAAUCCACUGUCUAAUAUUAUUUUGUUGUACUCUAGAUCUCUGUUAAUUAUUCAUCUAAUAUUUUUUUUUGUAUCUUUUGUAUCUUUAUAUUCAUAAGCCUUAACAAAGUCAUGACUGAUGAGGGAGUAUGGUUACUAAAAAGAAGAUGAAUUCAUGAAUUGAUCAUGUCAACAUAGGGAUAAAUAAUUCAUUUUGUGCCAUUAUUCUUUUAUGAAAUUGUGUUGUAUUUGAGUAAACUCUCCUUAUAAUAAUAAUGGUUUUUUUUUUUAUAUUGCCAAACAUGUAUUAUAUAUGGCACUCUUGUUUUAAAUUGAAAAUUUAGAUAAUGCAUAUUAAAUUUUUUAUUGCAA